CACAGUGUGACAAAGUCAGUAACAACGAAAAAUGAUGCUGCUAUACCUAUUGCUGUUGGUGGUCUCGUUGACCUUUUACUGGGUCGGAAAAAGAUUCACCUAUUGGAAGCAACGGGGCGUCCCGUUCGUCGAGCCAAGUUUUCCCUUCGGAAACCUCGGUGGGAUGAGCAAACGGCACUUGGGUCCACUGGUGCAGGAUUCGUACAACAAACUGAUAGGCUCGGGCAAAAAGUUCGGCGGAAUAUUCUUCUUCGUGAGCCCUGUGGCGCUCAUUUUGGAUCUGGAUUUCGCGAAGGAUGUUUUGGUGAAAGAUUUUCAGUACUUCCACGAUCGUGGCGUGUAUCACAACGAGAAGACCGAUCCGCUCAGAGUGCACCUGGUGUCGAUGGAGGGCGCCAAAUGGAAGCGUCUGAGGUCGAAGUUAACGCCAACAUUUUCUUCGGGGAAGAUGAAGAUGAUGUUCCCGACUAUCAUUGCCGUGGCGGAGCAGUUCCAGAGAUGUUUACAGGUGGAAGCCGAGAAGAGCGGAGAGUUGGAUAUUAAAGAAUUUCUAGCGAGAUACACGACCGAUGUGAUCGGAAACUGUGCAUUCGGACUGGAAUGUAAUAGUUUGAAGGAUCCGGACGCGGAGUUCCGUCGGAUGGGAAAGAAGGCGCUGUCCAUCACGUUCGGUGGAUUUCUGCGACAGCUUCUGAGUGGUACGUUUAGCGACCUUGCAAGAACCAUUGGCGUAAAACUUACUGACCCAGAUGUUGAACGGUUUUUCAUGGAUGCCGUGAGAGACACAAUCAGUUUUCGCGAGAAAAAUAACGUUGAACGGAAUGAUUUCAUGGAUCUGUUGAUAAAACUUCAAAGACCUCAACCGGACGACGAUAAUGGAACAACCACGGAGGGAUUAACUUUCAACGAAAUCGCUGCCCAGGCGUUUGUGUUCUUCCUAGCGGGAUUCGAGACGUCUUCCACUGCGAUGUCCUACUGUCUGUAUGAGCUGGCGCUAAAUCAGGAACUUCAAGAUAAGGCGAGACAAAACGUAAACGAGGUCUUGGGGCGUCAUGGAUCGAUGAGUUAUGAAGCGGUUCAUGAAAUGAGAUAUGUUGAAAAUUGUAUCAACGAAUCCCUACGCAAAUAUCCACCUAUAGUCAACAUCCCUCGUGAAAUCAGCAAGGAUUAUCGGGUGCCGGACAUGAACGUUACACUGGAGAAAGGCAACACCAUUAUUCUGCCUAUCUAUUCGAUCCACCAUGACCCACGCUAUUAUCCGGAACCGGAGAAAUACAACCCCGAUAGAUUCGACCCAGAGGGAACUGCUAAGCGUCAUCCGUUGGCGUUCGUCCCCUUCGGCGAGGGACCCCGUGUGUGCAUCGGACUGCGCUUUGGAAUGAUGCAAGCCCGUAUUGGGCUGGCAUGUCUUCUCAAGCACUUCCGCUUCACGCUUUCCCCGAAAACACCGAACCCACUGAAGAUCCGGGCUGCAAGUACGAUUCUCUCGUCGGAGGGCGGACUUUGGAUGCGCGUUGAGAAGAUAUGAAUGGUUGUAUUAUUGAACUGAUUUUAUUAUAACAACGAUUCAAAUAGUAUUUUUAUGUAUUCCCAUUAAACUCAGAAGCAUUCUGGUUUGGGUGCUUUCUCAAAAUA